AUGUCAGGUUCAGGCUCAAUCCCUUCACAACCUCCAAAUUACUCCUCUUCUUCCUCCUCCCUUCCCAAAGGUCCCGUGCCUACUCCCACCAAUGGUCCAGAGGCGAUGAAACUCCAGCUCAACAUCCAGUCUCUUUCACUUGACUGCUCCAUUCCACUCGGCUCGAAUUUGGGUCUGCAAGUAGCGGUUCCCCCUGCUCCUGGUACCGCCCCGCAGCAGCAGCAUCAGAAUAAUCCUCCUACUUCUACUUCCCAACCUGUCCCUUCAACAUCCACCAAUCAACCACAAAGCUCUUCUUCACCUUCUUCUGCCCCGGCCUUCGGACCCGAAUCUAUUUUACUUGGUCUUGCAAAUAGCUUCAUACAACGAUUAGAGAGAGUGGAAAGGGACUUGACCGAGGAGAGAAGGGUGAAUGUAAAUUAUAGAAAUACGAUACAACGCUUGGAGGAAAGGCUGAAUCAGUUAGAGAAUAAUAUGAAAGAUGGUGAGAACCACAAUCAGAAUAGUAAUGGUACUGGGAAUGGUGAUGUCAGGAAUGGGAUACCUCAAAAUAGGGAAUACGUAUUGGAUCCACCUUCUCAAAUAUCCAUACCUACUUCUUUACCCACUCGAACUACCCCACAGAGAUAUACUGCUACACAGGAGAUCGAACCUGAUGCUAUCGAUGAGCGAGAUACGUGGACCAGUCCUCAACCUCAUCCAUAUCAAGGAGUACCAACCGGUGAAGAAGAGGAAGAGGAAGAGAUGGAUGAUCCGACGGGAUUGGGGUUAGAUGAUGAUCAGGCGAUCUUGUAUGGGUUCAAACCGAGGAAUAAAGAGUAG